AUGUCAUUUAUUGAAGGUAUUGGCGAUGAUCUUCUCUAUACGUUUUGUUUCAUUCUAUUUAUCGGUACUGUAUCACUUGCGUGGCUUUCAUCACAUGUGAAUAAUAUUCAUUUACCUACUACAUUAUUUAUUAUAGAACGACGAACACAUCGAAGAAAUGAAGAACAAUCCGAAAGAAUCAAUUCAAUUUCAUCACCAAAUCAACAACAACAACAACAACAAACAAUAUUAUCAUCUGUUAAUGAAACAAUAAUAGAACAUGAAUCAGAUAUUGAAUCAAAUGAAAAUGAUGAACAAACAUCAAUAUCAAUAGAAUCUAAUACUAAUCAAAUACAACAAAAUGAAUCGAAUAAUAAUAUAAUUAAUUCAAAUGAAUCUAUUUCACAAAUAACAACUAAUGAAGAAGAAGAAAAUCAAAUAUUAAGAAUUACAAUUAAAUUUCUUAAUGAUACUCAAAAAUCAAUAAUAGCUAAUCAAAAUGAUACAAUUUUGAAAAUCAAAAGAUUAUAUUUUGCUGAUGAAUUAGCAAAUAAUAAAAUUAUUCGAUUUAUUUAUCAAGGUCGUGAAUUACAAGAUAAUGAAACUCUUUAUACAUGUAAUAUACAUGAUGAAACUAUAAUUCAUUGUCAAAUAAGUACACGACGACAUUCAACAAAUAAUCAAAUUAAUGAUGAUAUAUCAACAAUACAUAUUAAUUCAAAUAAUUUUGAUACAUUAUCAUUUAUUGAUACAUCAACAAUUAAUAUUUCACCAUAUUUUCUUUUUUUUAUAACAUUAAUUCUUGGAUCUAUAUGGUAUUUACGUAUUAAAUAUCGUUUAUUAUUUACACCUAUAACAACAAUUAUUCUUUUAUUAAUAACAAUUAUACUUUUAAUAUUUAUAUGUGGUAUUUUAUUAACAACACGUCGACAAAUAUUAGAUAGAAGAAUUCCAACACAUUUACAACAUGUUCAUCUUGAUUGA